GCAAAAAUUUUUUAUAUAAAUGGCAGACUCUGUGAGCUAGAAUCGUAGGAGAUUACAAAGCAAAGUAGCUAUGGCAGAAGAAGAAGUAAAGGUUUUCAGGUCAUGGUCAAGUGCAUUUGGUUUAAGAGUGAUAUGGGCACUAAAACUGAAGGGGGUUGAGUUUGAUACAGUGUAUGAAGAUCUCUCCAACAAGAGUCCUUUGCUUCUGCAAUACAACCCUGUUCAUAAGAAGGUUCCUGUGCUUCUGCACAAUGGAAAACCCAUCUGUGAAUCUCUUGUUAUUCUUGAAUAUGUGGAUGAGACAUGGAAACAAUUUCCAUUGUUGCCUCAAGAUCCUCAUGAGAGAGCCAAGGCUCGCUUUUGGGCUAAGUUUGGUGAUGAUAAGGUCUUACAAUCAAUAGUAUUUGGUAUUCUGUUCAAGGAAGGAAAAGAGCAAGAGGAAGAAAUACCUAGAGCAAUGGAGAUCUUGCAGCAUUUAGAAGAGGAGCUAAAAGGAAAGAAAUUCUUUGGAGGAGAGAAAAUUGGGUUAGUGGAUCUCGCAUUGGGAUGGCUUGCUUAUUAUUUGGGUAUAAUUGAGGAAGUAAUUGGUCUAAAACUCAUAGGCCAAGAAAAAUUCCCACUAUUGCUACAAUGGAUUCAAGAAUUCUCAACUGCCCCAAUCAUUCAAGAAAAUUGGCCACCUCGCGACAAACUUAUCGCCAAGUUCGCUGCCAGUCGUGAGGCUGUCCUUGCACGAGGACUUAAAUAAAGGAUGGUCCAAGUUUUCAUUUGUCACCAAUAAUACACAAGAUAAAGCCAACAACAUCACCUUCUUUAGAGUCAAUGGGUGUGUACCUUUCUUAUCCUAUGUGUGCUUGUGUGUAUUUUAUUUAUUUUAAAAAAAAGCAUAUUUUUUUUAGUAUUUUUUUUUAUUUACGUGUAUUUCCACUCUUAGAUUGGGAGUAACGUUUGGGAAAGAGGGUGUUGGUAAGUUUUGAAAAUAUGAUGAUUUAUUUAUUUAUAAUAAUUUUUGAAUUUAUAAAUUGAAUAUAUAAGCUAAAAAUAAUAA